UACUCUUUCCUUAUAAAAAUUCAGACAUUUCUCAACAAACUCUUCUAGCUUCACUUAGAAUUAAUAUGUUCUGUUUUGUAUUUCUCCAGACCUUUUUGUUAACCAUUUUUCAUAUAUUAUUGUUAGAAAUUUCUGGCUUCAGUGAUUCUUAAUCUAGCUCUGUUCCUGAUUGUUUCCAUUACAUAGUUUAUGAGCUGAGAGAGAGAGAGAGAGAUAAGAUCAAUGGGUAAACAAGGAUUACCGAGAAGUCCUCGACCUGAAACAAGAGAUAAAGAAGAGAAGAUUGGGAGAAGAAGUUUGGAUUCUUUAACAGGAAACGAUCUCUUCAUUGGUAGAAGAAUAUUUGGAAGUGAAGGAUCCAAGGCUCAAGGAUCUAAACAUGAUCAAAGCUGUGGCAGUAGCAACAAGUUCAGUUACUCUUGGAAGCAGCAACAUUCAUGGCUUCGUAGGAACUUCAAGUCGAUUCUUGUGAUGGUCUCUGUCACCAGUUUCAUUUUCUUUAUGGAUUCCAUUAUGGUUUCGAUCUUUCAUUCGGAUAGAAGCUCCGUGAUGCAGGACAUUUCAAGGUUGAGCAAUGACACUCUACAUAAGAACGUAUUCCAACCCGAUACACCGACUUUUCGAGAGGAAAGAUCUUCAAAGUCAUCACAGUGGAAGCCUUGUGCUGAUAAUAACAAACAAGCUGUGGCACUAGAGAGGUCUAGUGAAAUGAACAAUGGUUACAUUAUGGUUAGUGCAAAUGGUGGCCUUAAUCAGCAGCGUGUGGCUAUCUGUAACGCGGUUGCGGUUGCUGCUCUGCUCAACGCCACUCUAGUGCUCCCUCGGUUUCUUUACAGCAAUGUUUGGAAAGAUCCUAGCCAGUUUGGUGAUAUAUACCAGGAGGAACGUUUCAUCGAGUAUCUGAAAGAUGAAGUGCAUAUAGUGAAGGAUCUUCCUCAACAUCUGAAACCUAUUGAUGACAAGAAUCUCAGCUUGGUUACUGAUACAGAACUAUUAAAAGAGGCAAAGCCAGAUGAUUACAUGAAACAUGUUCUUCCUUUGUUGAAGAAGUAUGGAAUGGUUCAUCUUUUUGGAUAUGGGAAUCGCCUCGGUUUUGAUCCGUUGCCUUUUGAUGUUCAGAGAUUACGAUGUAAGUGCAACUUUCACGCGUUGAAAUUCGCUCCCGAGAUUCAAGAAGCAGGAUCUCUGCUGGUGAAACGGAUUAGAAGAUAUGAAACUUCGCAGAGCAAACUGGAUGAGGCAUUGCUUGGUGAAUCCAUGGUGAAAUAUUCAGCUAAAGAAGAUCAAGAACGGUUGAAGUAUCUUGCUUUACAUCUAAGGUUUGAAGAGGACAUGAUUGCUUACUCUCUAUGCGAUUUUGGAGGAGGAGAACCCGAACGUAAAGAGCUUCAAGCGUACCGAGAAGAUCAUUUCCCUCUUCUCCUCAAACGUUUGAAGGAAUCAAAGGCUGUUUCUCCAGAAGAGUUGAGGAAAACAGGAAGGUGUCCAUUGACACCAGAGGAAGCAACUCUGGUUCUUGCUGGUCUUGGAUUCAAAAAAGGGACAUAUAUAUACUUAGCUGGAUCUCAAAUCUAUGGAGGUUCUUCUCGUAUGCUUCCUUUAACAACUCUUUACCCCAAUCUUGUGACUAAAGAAACUCUCCUUACACCACAAGAACUCGCACCAUUCAAGAACUUCUCUUCUCAGCUAGCUGCAUUGGAUUUCAUAGCUUGUGCAGCUUCGGAUGUGUUUGCAAUGACUGAUUCUGGGAGUCAACUAUCGUCCUUAGUCUCUGGAUUUAGAACAUACUAUGGCGACGGUCACGCGCCAACACUGAGACCUAACAAGAAGAGGCUUGCAGCGAUCUUAUCAGAGAGUGAAACAAUAAAGUGGAAGGCUUUUGAAAACCGUAUCAGGAAAAUGAUAGAGGAAGGUCACAAAGUUCGUCUUAGGCCUUAUGGACGCAGUAUCUAUCGACAACCCAAAUGCCCAGAGUGUAUGUGUAAAUUUUGAUUCUUGAAACG